UCUCUUUCCGCCUCCACCCUCCCUCUCUCGCGAGCUUCGACACACGCGGCGGCCCCCUCCCUCCUCCAGCCCCAACCCCCGGCGGCGGCGGCGGCGAUGCAGAUGGCAGCGGCAGUGGCCCCCACCGACGCCCCGGCCUCGGCGGCUGCGGCGGCGCCGCACCCCCACCCCCACCCGCACGCCGCGGCUGCGGCGGCUGCGGCUGCGGCCGCCUCGCCGCACCCGCACGCACCACCGCACCCGCACCACCAUAUGCCGCAACCGCGGUGGGUGGUCAUCCCGUACCCUCCGCCACACCACCCCAUGGUGGCCGCGCCGCCGCCACCUCCCCCGCAGUUCGUCAAGCAUUUCGCGCCGCCGGCCUCGGUGACACCGCCGCCGCCGCCCGCUGGAUCCGGCGGGAACGGGGGCGAGGACAACCGGACCAUCUGGGUUGGCGACCUGCAGUACUGGAUGGACGAGAACUACCUCCACAGCUGCUUCGGCCCCAGCGGCGAGGUGGUGAAUAUUAAAGUCAUUCGCAAUAGACACUCGGGAGUUUCUGAGGGUUAUGGUUUUGUAGAGUUCUAUUCGCACGUGUCAGCAGAGAAGGCACUACAGAAUUUUUCUGGUCAUGUAAUGCCUAAUACUGACCGGGCUUUUAAGUUAAACUGGGCAUCAUAUAGCAUGGGAGAAAAACGCACGGAACUUUCAUCUGAUCACUCGAUAUUUGUUGGCGAUUUGGCUGUUGAUGUUACUGAUGAGAUGUUGCUGGAGCUUUUUUCUAACAAAUACCGAUCAGUGAAAGGAGCUAAAGUUAUUAUUGAUGCAAACACAGGCCGUUCUAGAGGCUACGGCUUUGUUAGGUUUGGAGAUGAUAAUGACAAAACUCAUGCAAUGACCGAAAUGAAUGGUGUAUACUGUUCCACAAGACCAAUUCGUGUAGGACCAGCGACUCCUAGAAGAUCUCAAGGUGAUUCUGGCUCUUCUCCACCAAGGCAAUCUGAUGUUGACUCUACUAACAGGACGGUAUAUGUUGGUGGGCUUGAUCCCAAUGUUAGCGAAGAUGAACUGAGGAAAGCAUUUGCAAAAUAUGGUGAUCUUGCCUCUGUCAAAAUUCCUUUUGGGAAGCAAUGUGGGUUUGUUCAAUUUGUAAACAGAGCUGAUGCUGAAGAAGCACUGCAAGGGUUGAAUGGAGCAACUAUUGGGAAGCAGGCAGUUCGACUUUCCUGGGGCCGCAGUCCUGCAAGUAAACAGUCUAGGGGUGAUUCUGGCCACCGUCGCAAUGGCAAUGGCAAUGGCAUGUACUACGGGACGCCAUUCUACAGUGGAUAUGGCUACGCGUCACCUGUUCCCCACCCAAACAUGUAUGCGGCGGCCUAUGGAGCCUACCCAUACUAUGGCAACCAGCAGCUAGUGAGCUGAUGCGGCGAUGCUCUCUGCUCAGUUUCCUCCCCUGGGAGGAAACAAGGUUUUGGUCCAGUAAGCAAUAGUAGCUAUGAUGAGAUAUUAUAGGUGGCCAUAAAAAUGGGCGAGAGAGACGAGACAGGUAUAUGAUGAUAAUGCUACCUGCAGAUCUGUGCUGCUAGUAGAACCUAAAAGAGCUUGUAGUAGACAAUAAAACCUAUUUUUGCCUUAGAAAUUUUGACUUGCUAAUAAAACUAAAGCUAUCGGUUGUUGUGACUGCC